GCACUUCCGGUAGGAAUCCCCUUCCCCGGGCACCCCUCUCUCCCUGCGUGCCGUUGCCCCAUGGGAGAUGGUGCCAGCUUGGGAGCUGGUCAGGCAAUCGGACUCCUCUUGCACGUGCCGCGAGGUCAACUGGGACUUUGAGUGCUGCCCCCUCUUGCAGCGGAACCUCCGCAGACUGCAGGACAUCAUGCCCGGUCCCAGCACGGGCAAAAGCGUGGACGACAUGCGCAGGCUGACGCGCGAGUGUUUUGUGGCGCUCCGGCGACUGGAGGACUUGCCAGGGUUUCGCUUUCAGAGCCACGUGCCCCCCGAAACAAAAAGUGACGCAAACAGUUCCACGUCCUCUCGGGGCCUCCACCGCCCCGAACAUGGCGCGCAGCUUAACGGUGACGACGUGCAAGUCGUCGGAGGGACAGACGAGGACUCCCUCCGAGACAGGGUUCGCAGCACGAUCCGGCGCAGCCGUCACGACCCACAGCGGGUCCUUACGCGCAAGCUUGGCUACAGCGUCACUGUCAGCGACUUGCGCACGCUGUUGGGCACCAACUGGCUGAACGACGUGGUGAUAGACUUCUACAUGGGGCUGAUUGUGGAGCGUGCGAGCCUGGAGCAGGGGGGCAUGAGGGUGCACGCCGUGACCACGCACUUCUUCAACGUGCUACGUAGCCGGGGCUACGACGCGGUGCGCCGCUGGACUGAAGGUGUGGAUUUGUUCGACGUAGACCUAAUGCUGGUGCCUGUGCACGACCAGGACCACUGGUCCCUGGUGGCCCUGUGGAUGCAGGAGCGGACGUUCUCGCUCUACGACUCGAUGGGGCGCGAAAACAAGCCGUGCUACCGGACGCUCAUGGAGUACCUGCGGAAUGAGCACCGGGACAAGAAGCGGCGGCCCCUGGUGGAGCCCGACGGAGGCUGGGCGUGCCAGUUUGCCAAGAACAUUCCCAUGCAGAGCAACACGCACGACUGUGGCGUGUUUGUCUGCCUCUAUGCGGAACGAUUGGUGCGCAACGCACCUUUCGACUUCUCGGCGAGGGACAUACAGCGGCUGCGUUACCGCAUGGCUUACGAGAUCCUUACGGGGAAGCUGCUCUGAUGUACGGACAGUUUUAACACUCCUGUAGAGCUCCGAGAACACUGAUGAUGUUGGACCUGUGCCGAGAGGAAGUGAGGUGACUUGCCCGUAAAAGAGUUGGGAGGAGGGGGGACCUAAAAAGUGUUUGUGCCACCGUCCUGUAAAAGCUGGGAAAUUUUCCUUUGACUCACUUAUAAGAAAGAGCUCAGUUUCAUGUUUUUCUUUUUUUACAAGCUGUUAGAGUUUUGUUUUCUGCUGCUGUGCUCAGUGUGCAAUGCUUGCCCUGCUGCAGGUUUCCAUGUACGUCAUCUUGUCAUUGCUUUUUUCUAUAGAAAUUGGGGAUUGCGACAGGCCGGGCAGGCGUAAGAAAUGGCAGGCAACUGUCAUUUAUUUAUCCCCACUCUAAACAUCAUUCUAGAUAAACGUUUUUCCUUAAG